AGAUAAAACAUAUUAAUAUUUAGAAUACACAUCCAAAACAAAAUCAAGAAACAAAGCUUUUCUCUACCAGAAAUAAAGGAGACUUUCUUGGUUUUUGUCUCAUAACAAAAUCCCAAUAUUUUAUCUUUGUUUUCUUAAGCUUAAACAAAAAGAGCAGAAUCAGAAGAUCAAGAAUUUCAAGAAAGUAAAAUUAAAGGGUUUUACUCAAAUAUUUUUGUUUUUGUUUUUUGUUUCAUUUAAAUGUCAAAUAAUAGAGGUGAAAAUGGAAGUUUAUCUUCUGCUGUUGGAGAAGAAGUUGAAGAACAGCAACUAAAUCAUCACUUCAGUGCCACUCAUAAAAGGAAGAGAAACUUACCUGGAAACCCAGACCCUAGUGCAGAAGUUAUAGCAUUGUCACCAAACACACUCGUCGCUAAAAACAGAUUCAUAUGUGAAAUUUGCAAGAAAGGUUUCCAAAGAGACCAAAAUCUUCAGUUACACCGAAGAGGUCACAAUCUGCCAUGGAAGCUGAAGCAAAGAACAAGCGAUGAAAUCAAGAAAAGGGUUUAUAUUUGUCCGGAGCCUUCAUGUGUCCAUCAUAAUCCAGCACGAGCACUCGGUGAUCUUACCGGAAUCAAGAAGCAUUUUAGUCGAAAACAUGGCGAAAAGAAAUGGAAAUGUGAUAAAUGUUUGAAGAAAUAUGCAGUUCAAUCUGACUGGAAAGCUCAUUUCAAGACUUGUGGUACCAAGGAGUAUAAAUGUGACUGUGGCAUCAUUUUCUCCAGGAGGGAUAGCUUCAUUACACAUAGAGCUUUUUGUGAUGCCCUAACCGAAGAAAAUAACAAACAGAACCAAGAACUAUUAACACCAAAUCUCAUACCCAUACCUAUCAUAAAGAACACCACCCAUGAACAUCAAACUCCUCUAAUAUCAAACUUCAAUCAUCUUCCCACAUCACAAACCAUGUUUAACUCAUCUGCUACCCUUCUUGGUACUUCAUUAAUAUCAAAUUCUUCUUCGUCGUCGUCUUCUUCGCUUCAGCUAACUGCAAAUUCGUUACCGUUAAUGUUCGAAGGCAGUGCAUCACAUGUAGCUAACGCAUCGGCUUCGAUGUCAGCCACUGCAUUGCUUCAAAAAGCAGCUCAAAUGGGUGCAACUUCGAGCUGUAAUAAUAAUUUGAUGAGCUUCUCUGCUACAACAAUGGCGCCGUCAACUUUUGAUCAUCAGCAGACAGGGAGCAACGAUGGGUAUGUGAAUCAGUUUUUCAACGCGAACGGUGUGAGUAUGUUUAACAAUAACAAUGAGGAACAUGAAAUAUUCAAGAAUAUUGAAGAACAAGAAAGUUGCAGGUUCUUUCAUGGAGAAAAUGAUAAGCAAAAUGGUGGGUUAUCAUCGUUAAAUGGAGAAGUGAUGACCGUUGAUUUCUUAGGUGUAGGAGGAUCAAGAAAAAGAAAUAUCAGUGAAUUACAAACGGCGUUAGAGAAAUCUAUGUGGGAUGUCUAAAAGAAUAAUUAUCAUUUUUUUGUAAUAUUAUAUACUAGCUAGAUUUUCAUUUUAAAUAGCCAUGGAUCAGCCUCUGAAGUGUAUUAUUAGUCUUGCUAAAGCCUAAAAGAGCAAGAUGAAGAGGAAUUUUGGCAGGAAAA